ACCCGGAAUCGUUUGUUUACGUUAUAACCAAAAGGGCGAGGAGAUAGCCUUAGCUUAGCUUGUUGGUUCGAGGUCCGCCUUCAGGGACGGUUCUAUCUCGAUUCUUUUCGACUGAGAUGCACUUUUCCGCCCUAAAAGACGAGACGAGGCGGACCCAUUGACCUGAGGAUACAAGAAGCCGGCCGACGGCUUUCAACCGAGCUCUUUUUCCCAGUCCGCAUUCACGGCGUCGACGCCUGGAUCAACCGUCCCGGGGCAUCGCCGGUAUCGUCGAAAUGGAAAACAGCAAAUCUUCCAAGGCCGGAUCGGCAAAAAAGCAUAAAAAACAUAAAAAGGAAAAAUACGAAGAAAAAUCAUAUUCAGGAGAUAGACCGCCCGGUUUAAAAUUAAUCCUAAAGGUAGGAAAUUCUUCUACACCAGAGCAUAGUGAUUCACCUGGUCCAAUAUUACAACAAACUAGUUACACCGUAACUGGGGAUGAGGAAUCGUUGCAAUCAUCUUCGUCUUUUUACAAGAAAUCAAAAAAGAAGAAGAAAAAGAAGGAUAGAGAUCAUGACAAGUAUGAUAAGAAGAAAAAACAUCACCAUAAGGACAAACGAAAGAAAGCAUAUGAGGACCAAUCUAGCCAAGAUGGUGUAAGUGUCGGAGAAGAAUCGUUAGCCGAGCCACCUGUUAAUGAAAGAGAUCAGCCCCCGCCAAAGGAAGAUUCUUCCUAUAGUUCAGAGCCCUUAGGUAAAUUAGGCAGCAGGGAGCCUCGUUUGUGUGUUCAACUUUUAAGACAAAAGCAGAACAAAAAUCCGCUAUUUAGAGCGAUAGAAUAUUUACAAAGGCAAUUGGAGAAAAGGGAUCCGCAGCAGUUUUUUGCUUGGCCGGUAACAGACCAAAUCGCUCCGGGUUAUUCGAAGACAAUAUCACAUCCAAUGGAUUUUUCGACGAUGAGGCAGAAAUUAGAAGACAACGCCUAUCCUACAUUGACAGACUACAUUAAUGAUUUUAAAUUGAUGUGCAACAAUGCAAUGACGUAUAAUCAGCCGGAUACAAUAUACUACAAAUCGGCCAAGAGGCUUCUUCACGGUGGCCUCAAGUUAUUCACGCCUGAAAAACUAAGGCAAUUAUCUAAUAGUUUACCUUUUAUAAACCAAAUACCGGCUGAUCAACUAGGAUUCCAACUUGGACCCGGUCCUACACCUAUGCCAAGUGAAAACAGAAGUGCCAGCGACAAUGAUGAGGCACCGCAACCAGUACCAGUUGAAAUUUCUCCAAAGAGGAAAGCAUCAACUAUGCCUGAGUCAGUAUUUAUUUAUUUAUUUUCUUUUUCUAUUAAAAUUUUGAGGGUAUUUAUUUAUUUAUUUAUGUUCAGGACAAAAUUUGAAGCUGUGCCAGAUGAUUUGACCUCCGAGCAAAUAUUAGAUAAGGCUCAAAAAUCAGCUAGUGCUACUGCUGAAAAACUUUCUUUGAAGAAGCCCAAAACGAAUAUGGGUUUCUUAAGGCAACAGCAGGAUGGCAGUACUUCCUUGGCAAUAUUCGUACCUGGAGAAGGAGUUGAUCCAGAAAGGCCUAAACAAAAAGCUGUUUCUCUUGGUCAACUAAUAGGCAAACUUAGUCAUGGUUCAGGUCAAUUACAAGGGUUUAGAGAAGAUAGACGAAAUAUUGCUAAAACCGUGAAACCGUUAAACUACGGUGCUUUUGGUUCAUACGCACCUUCCUAUGAUUCUACGUUCGCCAAUUUAACAAAAGAGGAAUCGGAUUUAAUUUAUGAAACAUAUGGCGAUGAAAAUGCUACACUCUAUGCUGAAAGCAUAUUGAACUUUGCAAAGGACUGCGACUACACUCUGACCAUGGUUGACAAUCUUCUCGAUUUACUGACUGGAGGCGAACACCGGAAGUCGAAGACGGUUAUCGACGAACAAAGGAAAUUCCGUGAGGAAGAAGAGAAAGUAAGAGAACUCAUGGAGUGCAAUGCAACGUCGCCAUCUCAAAAUCAAAUUUCUAAUAUGAAAAUAGAUUUAACUAAUAUUAAAGCCGAUAUCGAACAGCUGAAAUCGCUAUCUGACCUCGGAAUUGAUACAACGUUCCUAUCAUACUACGAUUACUCGGAUGGAAUUCAAAGGAGUGUAGUUCAGGAUAAGUUGGAACAUACAUCAGAAUUGCUAGAAAAGCUUCAACAGGUCCAGAACGACAGGCUGUCAGCUCCUCUACCUAAUCACUUAAGCCACAUAACUCAGCCUUCUGAAACUGAGCUUAAUUUGGCGGAGAAAAUCACCGAGAGCCUUACGGAAUUGGCAAAACAAGUACCACCUGGAGCAAUUAUUCCAGUUCCAGCAAUAAGGAAAGCAAUGGGAAUUGUAAAUGAAACUAUGACAGUAUCUACUUCUACAAGCACGACAUCCCCUAUACAGAAUUCGGUUGAGGAUGUUGUUGUUCUUGAUGGAGGAGAAAGCAGUGGUGAAGAGGAAAAUUGCGUUGGCGUUGGACAAUUGGAUUUAGAAUCAGAACUGAGAGAAUUUCUUGAAAGCGAUACUGCGCUUUCAAAUUUUCCUUUGCACGAUGAUAAAACAAUAGAAGAAAUGCUAUCGGAAUCAUAAUGAGGUUGCUGCAUAAAUGUCUUCAUUGCUCAUCCAGUUCGUACAAAGUAGGUAAAAUAUUUUUAAAAUUAUUGUAGAACUGUUGGUUGUCAAAUGUUUUCAUGUUUGACUCCAUUUUGCUACCUUGUUACAUUCAUUUUAAUAUUACUAUAGUAAUAGAAACUUAAAUAAUGAACCAAAAAGCACUUCAUUAAAAAGUUGGAAAGGUUUAUUUGCUUUAAAUGCAUCGGGUAAAUUUUGUUUUUGAAAAAGGCUGUGUAUAAUAAUUUAAGGGUUUUAACGGCAAUAAAAUGUCAAACUGCAUUAAUUUUAGACAGUUAAUAUUAAAUAUAUUUGUUGCCUGAAUGUAAAUAUACUUCUAGCUUCAUUUAAUUUAUGAUCAUAUGUUCAAAGUGGUUAAAAUUAUAUGACUUUCCAACGUUUUGAUGAAGAUUUAAUGUUCAUUUCUCUGUUCAUAAUUGUAUUUGCAUAUUUUAAUAAUUUGAUGCGUACCAGACCAAUUGUGGAGUGUUCAGUGCAAGGUGAGAUUUUCUUCUUUUCCUCUGAAUAAUUUUCCCUUUAUCAGGUGUAGUUAUGAACACAAUAAGGCCAAAUAUUAAUUUGAAUAUAAGAACAUAGUUUAGUUCUAAUUUUUUAAAUUGGUGUUACAAGCUUUUUUUUUGUUCUUUUAUACUGUCUUGAUGAAAGAAAUAAUUUUCAUGGAUGAGUGGUACAUACACGGGGCAUUUUAAAUUCUGUUCCUUAAAAUUGCAAACUGAAUUUGGUUUUAACUGAGUUUUGCGUAAUUUUACACAUUGGCAAAACUGUAACAUAUUUGGCUACAUUAUUGACAUUUUUUUUCACUGGAUGGAUAAUAAUACAAUAUAUAUUAUUUAAGUAGUGUUUUAAAAAUGCAACUUUAUAUUGAACAUCUAGAUAUAGCUGUUUGAUAAGGGUUGUAUUUAUUUUUAUGUAGCUUAAAUGCACAUUAUAUAAUAAAAUUAUUUUUAAAUAAAGACAAAACCUUUAAGUUGAACUAGAUUUCAUUAGACAUAGAAACAUUUCAGUUUUGUUUUAGAAUAUAUGGUUUAUUUAUUUAUUUUUUUUGUUAGUGUUAAAAUUAAUUUAUAUAAAUUUUGAAUUGAAUGAUUAUUAAUUUUUUUUCUAAUUGAUUGUAUAAUGUGUAAAUUUGGAUUCAAUACAGCGGUAAUUUAUUAAUUUAAGAGUUUCACAAUUAAAUCAACAUUGUAAAUUGUUUUAUAUUUUUUGUACAGUUU